GGUCGUGUCAUGCCAGUGUUGAAAUUUCUGUAAAAAAAUGUAGACAGAUUUUAAAAGAAACACUCCAAACCAGCCCUUAACUUUCUAUAAUGCAACUACUGCACCAGCACUCUCCAAACGUAUUUCUGCGUGAUCUCAAUAUGAACAGCGUUAACAUACGAAGCGCUUGCUCCCACAUCGAGGUGAAAGAGAAAAAAUCGUCCAACGCAUCUCUUCUACUGAUGAAUCCCGUUGCUAGCGGAGACAACAUGACCGUAGACCUUGUACAGAAGAAGGAAGAAUUACCACCUAUCGUACCUUGCUGUGAGGGGAGAGAACUACAAAUAAACGAAGAAAUAGUCCGAAGUGGCCUAUCAGCGAUUUCAGUGAAGCAUGACAGCGUCAUCCAUUGUAUGUCCAUGUCUUGCGCAUGUGAACGAAUGCAAUUACCAGCAGGACUAGUAAAGCACCGAAAUUCGUUCAGAUGUCUCCAUCGGCCUGACCUCAAGCGAGUCCCAUAUCUUCGACGCAUGGCCCCCGACGAUCUAGAAACACUGUUUCGUGGUUAUGCUGAAUUUCAUCUCAGAGCUACUCCUAAAAGCAACCGAAAAGAUCGUGACAGCGUAAGGAGUUUAGCGCCAGCAGAAAAUGUAUUCAAAGAUAUGAGGGAUAAGGACGAUGGUAACGCCCUACGUCCAAUACCGGAGACAAGGUCAGGUGCUGAAGACGUACCAGCCGGCAUGAGAUUACAUGGGGCUAGAGCUCGACUGUACACCUCUGUACUUGCGGGUGGCACGGCUGGGGAUCAGCCAGAAGCUGCAUGUACCAACGAAUACUACGACACCACAGUUGCCGAAGACAUUCUCCCAGAAGAUGAGAUUCAAUUGAACGAAGAACUCCAGAUCAUCUUGCCUCCAAGGUGUGAUGAUAUCACAGCAGAAUCUUGCAUUACAACCUCGGAACAUUAACUUAAGCGUACAUGAGGAUAAAGACACGUUGCAAAUUUGCCAAAUUCGUUCGAAAGUCAAGAAAAACCUUAGCUAAAUUAUUUAUGUAUCUCGAUUGGAUGAUUACUGACCUCUUUUGAAGGAAUAAAAGAUGAUUUGAGU